UUAUACCGGAAGUCGUGUAGCUAAACUCCUAAGUGAUUCAUCUUUUCAAUCUCAUACGAUCUUCGUUGCAACUCUUUGGGCACACAGCAAACUCAACAACGUUCCAAACAAAUUCCCUUCCUACGGUGCUGGCCAGACGGCAGUGAAGGGGAGAACGCCAACCCUGGUCUCCCUUGCCAGUCCUGAGUAAACCUUCCAGCCAUGGAUGACAGCUCCUCACUGGGCAAAGUCAGCAGCUCUACAGAGUCCGUGGCCACCGUCACCAGUGAGGAGUUUGUUCUGGUACAGUCCAGUUCUGCUGGGUCACCACAGGGCUCUGAGGGCAAACCAAGACUCAAGAUGUCUUGGAAUGGAAAUGAUCAGCUUGAAAAAGCUAUGGAGGAGGUGUUGGAUGAUGAUGAGGAGGAGGUGAAGGUAGAGAAGAGCUGUGUGGAGAAGAUGGAGAAGCACAGGGAGCCAGAGAGCAGAGCACUGGAAACCCAACCUGCAGAAGCAUAUCCUGCACCGUGCAGUCCCACUGUCCUGGAGGAAGACAGUGUUCAGUUUAACAAGCUAUCAUACCUGGGUUGUACCUGGGUCAAAGCCCCUCGCAACGAGGCAGAGGCACAGAGAGCUAUGGCGACCCUGCGAGCUGAGAGUGCCAUCCCAAUUCCCAUCACCUUGCAUGUCCCCUGUGGUCCAGAUGGCUCUGUGAGAAUUGUGGACCAGGCCUCUGGCACAGAAAUUGCCUCCUUCCCCAUCUACAAGGUGUUGUUCUGUGCCCGUGGUCGAGAGGGCUCAGUGGAAAGUGACUGUUUCUCCUUCACUGAGAGUUACCGAAGUUCAGAGGACUUCCAGAUUCACGUUUUCUCCUGCCAUAUCAAAGAAGCGGUCAGUCGCAUCCUGUACAGUUUCUCGACAGCCUUUCGACGUUCCUCACGGCCAACAGACACCAGAGACACAACUCUGUCCUCUCCGCCUGAUAGUGAUCUCUAUACCUUCACUGUGUCACUGGAGAUCAGAGAAGAUGAUGGCAAAGGCAACUUCAGUCCAGUGCCAAAGGACAGAGAUAAGUUCUACUUCAAGCUGCGACAGGGUGUCCAGAAGAAGGUGGUAGUUUCAGUUCAACAAAUGUGCAACAAAGAGCUGGGCAUUGAGAGGUGUUUUGGGAUGCUGCUGAGCCCAGGACAGAAAGUCUGCAACAGUAACAUGCAUCUGUUAGACAUGGAAUCAAUGGGCAAGAGCUCUGAUGGAAAAGCUUACAUCAUCACAGGAACAUGGAACCCCAACAUGGCAGCAUUCCAGCCACUGAAUGAAGACACACCUAAAGAUAAGCAGGCCUAUAUGACAGUGGCAGUGGACCUGGUAGUGACCGAAGUGGUGGAGCCAGUUCGCUUCCUGUUGGAAACGCUUGUCAGGGUCUAUCCAUCAAACGAACGCUUCUGGUACUUCAGUCGUAAGACCUUCUGUGAGACUUUCUACCUCAAACUCAGACAGGUACCAGACAGAGUGGCUCAGAGCGAUGCUGUGUAUGAGGUGGUGAGUCUUCAAAGGGAAGCAGAAAGAAACAAUGAAGGAAAAGGACGACUCGUCUCAUCCAAUGAAGAAGAGGAGGCUGAAGAAGAUAGUGAUAGUGAAAUCUCCAGUGGGACGGGAGAUGUUUCCAAAGAUUGUCCUGAGAAAAUACUGGAGUCCUGGGGAGGAAUCCUUAACAGAUGGCAUGGAAACCUGUCCACUCGUCCAAAGGGUUUGCCCUCAUUGGUUCGCAGUGGCAUUCCUGAACCACUCAGAGCUGAAGUCUGGCAGCUGCUGGCCGGUUGCCAUGACAGCCAUGACCUGCUUGAGCACUACCGCAUCCUCAUCACUAAGGACUCCGCACAGGAGGGUGUUAUCACUCGUGACAUUCACCGCACUUUUCCAGCCCAUGACUACUUCAAAGACUCUGAUGGAGAUGGACAGGAUUCACUGUAUAAGAUUUGCAAGGCCUACUCUGUCUAUGAUGAGGAAAUUGGUUAUUGUCAGGGUCAGUCAUUUCUUGCUGCUGUUCUCCUUCUGCAUAUGCCUGAGGAGCAGGCCUUCUGUGUGUUGGUCAAAAUCAUGUACGAAUAUGGCCUCAGGGCUCUCUACAAGAACAACUUUGAAGAUCUUCACUGCAAGUUUUACCAGCUAGAGAGGCUCAUGCAGGAACAGCUUCCAGACCUGUGGACCCACUUCCAGGAACUGAACUUGGAGGCACACAUGUAUGCUUCCCAGUGGUUCCUCACCCUUUUUACAGCCAAGUUCCCCCUCUGCAUGGUUUUCCACAUCACUGACCUGCUGCUUUGUGAGGGAAUGAACAUCAUCUUCAAUGUAGCCCUGGCCCUGCUCAAGACAUCCAAAGAAGACCUCUUGCAAGCAGACUUUGAGGGGGCCCUAAAGUUCUUCAGAGUCCAGCUUCCUAAACGAUACAGAGCUGCAGAAAAUGCCAGAAGGCUAAUGGAGCAGGCCUGCAACAUCAAGGUUCCGACCAAAAAGCUGAAGAAGUUUGAGAAGGAAUAUCAGACACUGAGAGAGAGUCAGCUGCAACAAGAAGACCCCAUCGACCGAUACCAGAGGGAGAACCGUCGUCUUCAGGAGGCCAGUAUGAGACUGGAACAGGAGAAUGAUGACUUGGCACAUGAACUGGUUACCAGUAAGAUUGCCCUGCGGAAUGAUCUCGACCAGGCUGAAGAUAAGGCAGAUGUUUUGAACAAAGAGCUGCUGACCACCAAGCAACGCCUGGUGGAGACGGAGGAGGAGAAGAGACGGCAGGAGGAGGAGACGGCUCAGCUGAAAGAAGUCUUCAGGAGGGAACUGGAAAAAGCAGAGCUGGAGAUCAAGAAAACCACAGCUAUCAUUGCUGAAUACAAACAGAUCUGCUCCCAGCUGAGCACCAGGCUGGAAAAACAGCAGGCGGCAACAAAAGAAGAGCUAGACAUCGUCAGGAACAAAGUCAUGGGCUGUGAUCACUGUAAGGACUUGUUCAGCACUCUGGGGUCCCUCCAGGCUUCCUCCCCCGGCAGUGAAAAGACAUCAAAUGAGCCCCUAGACGAGGAGAAAGAUGGGCUGAAGGAGCAGCUAAGACAGAUGGAGCUGGAGCUGGCACAAACCAAACUGCAGCUGGUGGAGGCCAAGUGUCGUAUCCAGGAGCUCGAACAUCAGCGGGGAGUCCUGAUGACGGAAAUCCAAGCUGCCAAGAACUCUUGGUUCAGCAAGACUCUGGGGUCUCUGAAGAGUUCUGCCUCCUCUUCCUCAAGCUCCACAUCCCAGACCCCGUCCUCUCCAAAGGAUGGGCCUGCUUAGCUGAGCCGCCCUUCCUUUCUCUUUCCCUGCAAGAUGCACACUAGAGCUGAGCGAGACAAGCUUAAGCGGAGAAAUGUAGUAUUCCUUUUCCAGCAGGUGGCAGUGUGGAGCUUCCUGGCUUCUUGGACUGCAAAUAGCUAAAAGAUGAGGGAGGGUAGGAGGGAUAAAGGAACAGCCACAUGUUCUCUAAAAUGUCUGUUCACCUUAUCUGCUUGAUGGGUAAUGAGACAGGUAAAGGUAAAGCAUUUCUUAGGUCUGAUGUUAAAGUUCAGUGGUCUCCAUGCUCAGUACACAUAUUGUUACCUGUCUUACAGGUCAAUUAGCGCCACCUUGUGGGCACACAUUGCUACUGCAGAGAUGUAAGUCUGCAUGACUUUUUCUUUUUUUUUUUUUUAUUUUCUUAGGUAAAAUGUUUGAGAACCAAUUCGCAAACAUAUUUUAUUUUGGGUAACCGCACCUGCAUUCAAGCUCAUAAAUAGGAAAUUAUUUUAUAUGAUGGUGAUACAGCUCCAUCACCGCAGUAUUUAUACAUUUACUGUAUAUGACCUAUAUUAACGCUCUUCCAUGCAGAAACGCCCCAGUGCUCUGAAAAAGGAAUACUGCAUACAAGCAUAAAUGAGAGCAACAAAAAAGUUGAAUUUCUUUAUAGUAAUAUAACAAUGUUGUCAUAUAAAUAUGUAUAACUAAUUAUUUGAUUUUUUUUAAUAAUCUUGUACAGUUCUUUGAGAAGAAAGAAAACACAAAAGGAAAAGUUCUUAAAUUUCUUUUCUACUGUUUGGAAGUUGAAUGUCAUCUCUUUAGAUGUUGGUGUAAGCACAGUGUGUGAUUGAUGUGGUCGAGUCCAAAUGCUGAAGAGCCAAAGUGACAACCUGCAGAGAUUUUUUGUUCGGCGUUGCCAUUGUUAAGAAGUGUACAGUCUUAAUGUCUGUUUAUUUUUAUUUUUAUUUUUUUUUAUCUUUAUUCCAGCUGAGCACUGCAACUGUUAGUUUUUUUGUUUUUUCUUCACUCAUUAGGAUCAUGUAGUGUUUGUAAAAAGUUGAUGUAAUCCUAAAAGAAACUGGCUCUUCCCUCUGUUCCUUCUGACCAUUUAAACUUUCUAUGAUUUAGUAUAAACCAAAGAUAUAAUCCAUGAAUAAUAUAAAUAGUUCUACAGUCAUAGUAGCAAGAAAACACUUUUUAAAUUAAAUUUAAACAAAAAGCAGUACAUAUUUACCCUGGUUGCAUAUUUUCAAGAUUGAAAAACAAUUUUUGUGCCCCUGGUGAUUUGGAUUCAAAUGGCAAAUAUUAGUUUUUGGUUUUUUUUUUAGAGACAUCAAAGCUUGUGUUGUUUGACGAUCAAUUUUUAUCUUUCGUUCUUUUGAAGACUGAUCAAUCGUCCACAGACCCAGAUAACAGCCACAGAGAUGAGACAAAACAUAUUGUGUCAGACUGUAUUAUGUAACACUAUGUAGAUGACAACCAACUAACAAAUAUCUGUCACAAAGGUACAAUAUCUUUAGAUAAACAUUAUCCAUUAACAUUAGCAAGCAAGAUAAGGUUGCAGCACAGCUUAAUCAUUGCCAAAAGAUUCUGAGGCCAUCUGCACGACUGUGCCAUCACCUCGGUUGCUACGUGUUGUGAUACUUCGUUUUUUUCUUUUGAACUCUUUAUCCAAAAAUAUGCAUAUUGGCCCAGGAGUCCUCGCUAUGUCCAGUGGGAAUCAUCUCAGUGUAUACUUGAUGUCGGAAAAGCUCCAAAAACAUUUAAAAAAAAACACUUAAAAGAAAAUCUCAGAACUUCUAACAUUUCUUCUUCAUCAGGUUGCGGUUUGUUAAACCUGAAGGAUGCAGUGAAUUUUUUGCCAAAAGGUUUGCUUUAAAUGAGUGAAAAUGCACGUUAACACCAUGUUUAAAAGCUUCAGUGUAGGUACCAGCUGUCCCGUUAUAUUCUCCACUCUGGUUGACACUACAAUCAGCCUUUGGACUCAGACCGAUCUUAUAUGUACUUAAUGUGCGUGUGUGUGUGUCUGAAUGUAUGUUUAUACAGGUGUGUUCUGCACUGUAAUUCUAGUAGUUGGAGUUGAAAUGUUUUUUUCUUCACAUGACUGCCUUUUCUUUUGAUGACUGAAGCGGCUGGCUGAAGACAGAAAAGCCAUCUGACUGUUUAAAUUGUCUGAGAGCAUCAGCUGUGCCAUAAAAGCCUCCCCUCUGCUCCUCUCCAUGGUCUUCCUAUGUGCUCCCAACCAUCUGUACCAACCUCACAGCAACUGUAGUUUCAUCUUUUAGAAAAGUUUAUUGGAUAUCUUUUUCAGCUCAAUUGGAAAAAGGGAGAAAACAGAAUAUCACUGAAUUCCAGGUGUGCUUUGCAUUUUUGGGACAUUCCUUCUUCACUGUUGUGCAUCGUUGUUUGCUGGUCCGUGAAAGUUGUACAACCAGUUCAAUGUUAACUGUGGAGAGAGCAAACUCCCAGUCUGUUAUGUGCACUAACAAGACAUUGAUAUUUUAAACACUAUUUUUAGACUUUUGUUUCUAAGUAAUUUUUUUUAAUGGAUCACUGUCGCUGAGAAGACGGCUGCCAAUUUAUAAUCCAUUCUAACUCCGUUCAUUUCAGUGAUGCAAAAGCAGACGUUGAGUCAGAUUACAGAUGUGUGUUGUGUAGUUUACACUUUGUUGUAACACCAUAGUCCUGUUAAACAGGGAGGGUCUGCUCCUCAGUUGGACUGACAACACCAUUUCCCUGUACAGCUACUGUCCCAGCUGCAUUAAUAAACUUCAGUUCUUCUGUU